CUUCGUACAUGGUCUUACUAUCACUCACAUCUCCCACACUAUCUACUGCGAGAAAGAUCCCAAAAUGUCGACCACCCGCUAUAAGGACCCAAUCCCUGAGGGUGUCUGCGUCUUCACCACCCUUGACGAAGCCGCCAAAAUUCAACAGGCGAACCCGUAUGCCAUUUUCUAUCCCGAGAACAACGGCCACUACGCGAAGGAUCCGGAUGGGACUGUCGUCGCCGUGGCAUCGGACGAAAUGUGUGAGGAGAUUGACCGCAGAAACGCCGAGUUGGAAGCGAAGAUUGCCGCGGGCGAGAAGCUGACGGAUGAAUAUGCGGUUUAGGUGAGGGGGGCAAGCCAACACCGAUCCUUCGUGGAUGGACUUUUGGUAAUCCUAGAAACAGGGAUGAUGAGCCAUGCUUACGGGGCUGUGGGAUGUAACCGGAGUGGUACGAUGAGAUGAGGGAUAAACUGGAAGCAUUCAAACUGUCCUGUGUCAGCUUAUAGAGAGGGAAUUAUAACUGCACUGUACGGGUAUUUAAGUCGCCUAUGUCUCCCUGAACCAAGCCAGUCUGUCACUCAUCGUUCUUCCUGAGCAUUAGAAAAUACAAAGAAACAAAGCAGCAGCCCUUCAAACCUUUUUUCUUUUUGAACCUCUUGUCUUAUUCUCUUGACAAUGCUUUCCACCGUCGUCCUUCGCAAGCUGUUUCUUAUCAGCCUAGCCGCUACGGCCUACGCAGCUACCACUCGUUAUAACAGCCCUCUCCCUGACGGCGCUAUGGUCCUAGACACCGAAAAAGACCUCCGAGAAUUUACUGCUUCCCACCCAGAUGUCGAUCUCGAGACUGCAAACGGAGGCUACACUAUUAAAGAGCCUAAUGGACCGAUCUUGGCUUACGUCGGAGACGAUCUGAGCAACGAACUGGACGGACGAAUGAAGUCCUUGGAGCUUUACGAAAAGCUCUCAGCGGAGAAAGGUGUGUCGGAAAACGAUGUAUCCAACGUCUUUGAAACUGCCCGUGGUUGUUCCCAUCCGCACUGUGUUUACCCUGGUGUGCCAGGCAAGUGCGCGCAUUACUCUCAUUGCUAUAUCUGCUCCCAUGGCCAUCGUUGUAUCUAGUCGGCGACAAACAGGCGCAGCUUUCUGCUAGACUAUCUAUUAAAGCUCUCCUGUAAAGCUUUAACAACUCCAAUCUUCUCUCUCUGUGUGUGUAUCUUAUGUACAUUUUCUCGAGACACCGUUGGAUACAUGUAGAAUACUAGCAUGUGGGAAAGCUUUUAAUCCUAGUCGCUACAUAAGAG